CAAUUGUUCGUUCCUUGUACAUAGUGUUGUGUUUUUUCUUUCCCUCCAUCACGGUGCUUUGUUGUUUAACGUACACAUAUAUUAGGAAGGAACAAGACCCGCUCUUAAUCGAUUUUCAAUUUUCUUCCUUACCACCCUAAUAUUUCUCAUCACAUUCCAUUUCGAGAAGACAGAGAAACUACAUCACACAAAACAUUUCCCAAUUUUCACGCUUCCAUUGCUCUUCCUUUCUUCCUUCUCUCCCUUUCUCUCUCUUCAUACUUUUCUUUCAUCCAUUUUCUUCACCUCCAGGUUUGGUCCAUUCAUCAAUGCGGUUUUGGUUUCUUCUGGUGAAUCGUUUCAGAUAGUUCUGUGAUUUUUGGAUCACAGAUAUGAACAACACAAGUGCCGAAUUGUCUCAGGGAAAUAAUGGCGGUGCUUCUAUUCCUCCUCCUAACCCCCAGUCUGGACCACCAGAGCAUCAGACUUCUCGUGGUUCCGGAAACAAUGCGAUUUUCAAGAGUGGACCGCUUUUCAUAUCUUCCAAAGGAAUUGGAUGGACAUCGUGGAAGAAAAGGUGGUUUAUUUUAACACAAACUUCACUUGUUUUCUUCAGAAGUGAUCCGAAUGCUGUGCCUCUAAAGGGAAAUGAAGUGAAUUUGACCCUUGGUGGCAUUGAUCUCAACAAUUCAGGCAGCGUCAUUGUUAAAGCAGAUAAGAAACUUUUGACUGUACAAUUUCCCGACGGUCAUGAUGGACGAGCAUUCACACUUAAGGCUGAAACUACGGAGGACUUGUACGAGUGGAAGAUUGCACUCGAGAAAGCUUUAGCACAAGCGCCAACUGCUGCCAAUGCGUCGGAGCAAAAUGUGAAGGAUAGAGAACCAGCCAAAUCUACGGUAAUUGGCCGACCGAUUUUACUUGCUUUGGAGGAUGCUGAUGGAACUCCAUCGUUUUUGGAGAAAGCACUGAAAUUCAUGGAAGAGCAUGGAGCUAGCGUAGAAGGGAUCUUGCGACAAGCAGCUGAUGUUGAUGAUGUUGAACGCCGUGUUCGGGAAUAUGAACAAGGAAAAUCUGAGUUUGCUCCGGAUGAAGAUGCACAUGUCAUUGGUGAUUGUAUUAAGCAUGUUAUUCGGGGAUUGCCAUCUUCUCCGGUCCCUGCAUCUUGCUGUAAGGCACUGUUAGAAGCUUGCCGAACUGAACGCGGUGUUAGAGUUGCUUCUAUGCGCGCAGCAAUAAAUGACACUUUUCCUGAACCAAAUCGCCGCUUAUUGCAAAGAAUACUGUUGAUGAUGCAAACUGUGGCUUCACAAAAAGCUGUAAACAGAAUGAGUUCCUCAGCUGUGGCAGCUUGCAUGGCACCAUUACUUCUUCGUCCCCUUCUAGCCGGAGAGUGUGAGAUCGAUAAUGAUUUUGAUGUAGGUGGUGAUGGUUCUGUUCAACUUCUACAAGCAGCUGCAGCUGCUAAUCAUGCCCAAGCAAUUGUUAUAACCUUAUUAGAAGAAUAUACCAGCAUAUUUGGGCAGGAAGGUUCCGAGUCCCCUGAUAUAUACACCGACUCAGAAGAGAGUGGAUCUGAGAGUGAGGAAGGUACUGAUGAUGAUCUAUCCUAUGAUGAUGAUGAUGAUGAUUAUGACGAUGAAUCAGUGCAAGAAUCUGAUGAAGAUGAUGUUGUCAGCGAAUCCUACACUGAAACUGGAGAUUCUGAGGCUGACGAUUACGAUGACAAGGAUCGUGAUCAUUCUCGUUCAAGUUCAAAAUCCUCAGAUGUGAGUGAUGAAGUUAAAGUCGAUCAAAUGUUAACACAGUCACGCGAAGGCUCACCGAUUGAACAUGAAAAUGCCAAAGGUAGUGAAAAUCUCAGAAGUCCUAAGACGGCAGCUAAUGCAGAUAAAUCCAAUAAGCCCGUUGAAACUUCUACUGAUCUAGAUGGUAUGCAUGAUUCAAAUUCUUCUAGUCAAUCACAUAUGAAAAAGUCUGCAACCAUGUCCAAUGGCCCAGCACCUCGGCACCGAAACAUGUUGGGGCGCACCUCUGCAAGGAAGAACUUAUCUAUGGAAUCCAUUGACCUUCCUAGUGAAGAGGAUGAUGAAAUGGAAAAGCUUGAAGCUGCUAAGACAGAACUACAAAACCAAAUUGCAGAUGAGGUGAAGGAGAAUGAAAAGCUGCAAUCAAAGAUCGAUGAACGAAAGCAAGACAUACGAGAGCGGCGUUUGGCACUUGAGCAAGAUGUGGCUAAACUACAAGAACAGUUACACAAGGAGAAGAGUUCUCGGGCAACUCUUGAGACUAGGGUAGAACUUCAGGAAUUAGCUCUGGUAGAAGUGGAUCUUUCCAACUUAGAGCGGAUGGUUGAGGAGCUUGCGCAGCGGCUUAAUGUUAAAAUCGAGCAUAAAUAUCUAUCUACUUCAAGUAUCAGGAAGACAUCGCGACAAUUAUCAAAUCAGGAAAGAAAAAUGAAACGUAAGGGAGAUGCUGAAGUUUCUGCGACAUCACAAUAUGAAAGGUCAAUGAGUAAGGACUCUAUUCUUAGCGGAGGAGAAAGUGAUUCUGAGAGAAAGCCAGAGUCGACGCCUUCACAAAACAAACAGCCACCAACAUCCAAGAGAGCUACUUCAAGGGGUGAGGGAGCAAAUACUUCUGCACUCACAAAACUGACAUCCAGGCUGAACUUUUUGAAGGUGGGCCGAAGUCAAGCUGUAAAUGAACUACAAAACGCGGAUAGAGGCCGAGAGUCGAGUCAGUCUUCGCGCAACCAAGAUAAAGGAAAAGGAUCUGAACGUCACCAACCACUUCCUUCCCCGAGAAUGAACCCAGAAAAAGGUAAAGUCAUGGAGAAUUCCAAGUCACUGGAAAAAGGAUCGAGCAAAGGUAAAUCACAACAAAGUUCAGAGAAAUUUAGAAAGUCAGAUAGUCAGCCAGGCUACCACUCAGAAGGAUGGGAUCAACAUACAGCUUACUUAGAAAGAGGAAGGUCAGAAGGGCAUCAUCAGUCUUUUAACGUGGAUAAAGGUCGAUGAUGAUCACGCCAGGUUUUUGUUACACAUGAAAUCGAGAUGAUGCGGGGCUAUUGUAAUCAGUUGUUGUUUUGCCAUUAUUUAUGUCUUCAGCAAUGUUUUGUGAGAAGAAUCUUUCUUUCCUAAGGUUGGCACAAGAGCCUUUUUUCAAAUGAGAGCGGCGGUGAAGUCCAUUUACCCGCGAAAACAGGAUGUGCAAAGAUUAGAUAAACUGAAAUGUUUUGUAGCCUAACAUGCUGGAUUUUACUGACUCAGUGAACAGCAUGAUGAUUUUGCAAUUACAUUAUUUAAUUUGUAACUACAA